ACAAACACCUCUUCCAUUCCAGACUAAGAAUUUCCACAGACCAGAAAAUGCACCAAGAAGAAGCAACCCUCAAAAAACAACAAUACCAAGCGUUGGAAGAAAUCGGCCGAGGCAAAUUCGCCACCGUCUUCCGCUGCUUCCACCGCUCCUCCAACCAAUUCUACGCUCUCAAACUCAUCAACCACCGCCUCCUCACCGACGCCACCGACCGCCACUGCCUCGAAGUGGAGGCCAAGGCCAUGACCUUCCUCUCUCCCCACCCCAACAUUCUCAAAAUCAUCGACGCCUUCCAAGACGCCCACACCUCCACCAUCGUUCUCCAGCUCUGCCAGCCCCGCACCCUCUUCGACCGCAUCGCCGACGGCCCUCUACCGGAGUCCCACGCCGCCUCCCUCACCAAACAGCUCCUCGAAGCCCUCACGCACUGCCACGCGCUCGGACUCGCCCACAGAGACAUCAAACCCGAAAACCUCUUGUUCGACGAAGCCAACAACCUUAAACUCUCCGACUUCGGCUCCGCCGAGUGGUUCGGCGAGGGCCGGAGCAUGCGUGGUGUGGUGGGCACCCCUUAUUACGUGGCGCCGGAAGUGAUCAUGGGGAGAGACUACGACGAGAAAGUUGAUGUUUGGAGCUGUGGGGUUAUUCUUUAUGCAAUGUUGAGUGGCAUUCCACCCUUCUAUGGCGACUCUGCUGCUCAAAUUUUUGAAGCUGUUUUAAGGGCUAAUCUUAGGUUUCCUUCCACAGUUUUUAGGUCUGUGUCUGCUCAGGCUAAGGAUCUUCUCAGGAAGAUGAUUUGUAGAGACCCCUCUCGACGUAUCUCUGCGCACCAAGCAUUGAGACAUCCAUGGAUUUUGAGUGCUGAUCUCUCUUGAAGAGUGCCACUUCCAACUAUUUCAUCCAAUUUUGUACAAAAUUAUAGAGAAAACUUCACUUAAAGUAGUAGUUUAGCAUAAACAAAAACUCUUGUAAUGUAGAUGAAAGCUUUCGUGGUUUUAAUUAGUCCGUAAGAUGUAAAGGAAAAAGAUGAAUCCAGAUGUUUUUUCUUUUUU